UACACUCGUAAGAAGCUGAAAAUCUUCAAUUCCAGUUCUUCCCAAUUUCCUGCGUCUGUUCCUCACUAAAUCUCCCCUUUCCGAACUAGGUUUAUUUCUAGGGUUUCACCUCGUAUGCUCUCUCCAGAGAAGAAAAAUGAGGAUCAAAGAGGAAGAUGAUCACGUUUCCGUCGCCCCUGGCAAGCGUCUGAUCUUCGCUUACUACAUCACCGGCCAUGGAUUCGGUCACGCCACCCGCGUCGUCGAGGUUGUGCGGCACCUCAUUGCUGCUGGGCAUGAUGUUCACGUGGUCACAGCGGCCCCGGACUUUGUCUUCACAACCGAAAUACAAUCUCCAAAUCUCUACAUUCGCAAGGUUUUGCUGGAUUGUGGAGCUGUGCAAGCAGAUGCUUUAACUGUAGAUCGCCUUGCAUCCUUGGAGAAGUAUUCUCAAACAGCUGUAGUACCUCGGGCUUCUAUUUUGGCGACAGAAGUAGAGUGGCUGAACUCAAUAAAGGCUGAUUUAGUGGUUUCAGAUGUUGUUCCUGUCGCAUGCCGAGCAGCAGCAGAUGCUGGAAUUCGGUCUGUUUGUGUCACAAACUUCAGUUGGGAUUUCAUCUAUGCGGAGUAUGUAAUGGAAGCUGGAUAUCAUCAUCGUUCUAUAGUUUGGCAGAUAGCUGAGGAUUAUUCUCACUGCGAGUUUCUACUCCGACUUCCUGGUUAUUGCCCAAUGCCUGCUUUCCGUGAUGUUAUUGAUGUACCCCUUGUGGUGAGGAGGUUGCACAAAUCCAGAGCAGAGGUGAGGGAGGAGCUUGGAAUUGGGGAGGAUGUGAAGUUAGUUGUCUUCAAUUUUGGUGGACAGCAAGCAGGCUGGAAGUUGAAGCAGGAGUGGCUACCACCUGGUUGGCUAUGCCUGGUGUGCGCUGCAUCUGACAACCAAGAACUUCCCCCAAAUUUCAUAAAGCUUGCAAAAGAUGUGUACACACCCGACGUGAUAGCAGCAUGUGACUGCAUGCUUGGAAAAAUUGGUUAUGGCACUGUCAGUGAAGCUCUGGCAUACAAGUUACCUUUUGUCUUUGUGCGUAGAGAUUAUUUUAAUGAAGAGCCAUUUUUGAGAAAUAUGCUCGAGUACUACCAGUGUGGCGUUGAGAUGAUCAGGAGGGAUUUACUCAUUGGACACUGGACACCAUACCUUGAGCGUGCCCUGAGUUUGAAACCAUGCUAUGAGGGAGGCAUUAAUGGUGGUGAGGUGGCUGCUCAAAUAUUACAGGAUACGGCAAUUGGAAAGAACUAUGCUUCAGAUAAGUUAAGUGGGGCAAGGAGACUGCGUGAUGCUAUAAUACUUGGGUAUCAACUCCAACGGGCUCCUGGUAGAGAUAUGAGCAUUCCAGAUUGGUAUAGCCUUGCUGAAAAUGAACUCGGUCUUCGUCCUGCAUUGCCAAGCGAGGAAAUAAAUGAGAAAAGCCCUCUCUCAGAAUCAAGUAUUCAGGAUUUUGAGAUUCUUCAUGGCGAGCUGCAUGGUCUUCCUGAUACAAUGGCCUUUUUAAGGAGCUUGGCAGGACUAGAUGCUGGACUUGACUCAGGAAAAAAUGCUGAGAAGCGCCAAUUGCGGGAGCGUAUAGCUGCUGCUGGACUGUUUAACUGGGAGGAGGAAAUUUUUGUGGCGAGAGCCCCUGGAAGGUUGGAUGUAAUGGGUGGGAUUGCAGAUUAUUCAGGAAGCCUUGUUUUGCAGAUGCCAAUUAGGGAGGCAUGUCAUGUUGCUGUUCAAAGGAAUCAUCCAAGCAAGCAUAGGCUCUGGAAACAUGCUUUAGCCCGGCAGCAUGCAAAAGGACAAAGACCCAUUCCUGUAUUACAAGUGGUAUCAUUUGGGUCAGAAUUAAGUAAUCGUGCACCAACUUUUGAUAUGGACUUGUGUGAUUUAAUGGAGGAUGAGCAGCCAAUAUCAUAUGAAAAGGCGAAGAAAUUCUUCGCACAAGAUCCAUCACAGAAGUGGGCAGCAUAUAUUGCAGGAACAAUUCUUGUUUUAAUGUCUGAAUUGGGGGUAUGCUUUGAGGACAGUAUCAGCAUACUGGUUUCUUCUGCGGUUCCAGAGGGCAAAGGUGUAUCUUCUUCUGCUGCUGUGGAGGUUGCUACCAUGUCUGCAAUAGCUGCUGCCCAUGGAUUGAAAAUCACUCCAAGAAAUCUUGCAUUGCUCUGUCAAAAGGUGGAGAACCACAUUGUUGGAGCUCCAUGUGGCGUGAUGGACCAAAUGACAUCAGCCUGUGGUGAAGCCAACAAACUCCUUGCCAUGGUCUGUCAGCCCGCUGAGGUAAAAGAACUUGUCAAUAUCCCAAGCCACAUACGCUUUUGGGGCAUCGAUUCAGGAAUAAGGCAUAGUAUUGGUGGGGCGGACUAUGGGUCUGUGAGAAUAGGUGCCUUCAUGGGCAGGAAGAUGAUACAGUCAAUGGCAUCUGCAAUGUUGUCCCGAUCUCUGGGCAAUUCUCAGGUUGUUGAUGUAAUGAAUGGCUACGAAGAAGAGCAUGGCAUAGAAUUACUUGAAACUGAAGCUUCACUCGAUUACUUAAGCAAUCUCUCGCCUCACAGAUAUGAAGCCGUCUAUGCUAAGAAGCUUCCAGAGUUUAUGGUUGGAGAGGAAUUUCUGGACAAGUAUGUUGAUCACAAUGAUUCCGUGACAGUGAUUGACAGCAAGCGUACAUAUCACUUGAGAGCACCUGCUAGACAUCCUAUCUAUGAAAAUUUCCGUGUCAAGGCCUUCAAAGUUCUACUAACAGCAGCAACAACAGACGAACAACUUAAUGCUCUUGGAGAACUCAUGUAUCAGUGUCACUACAGCUAUGGAGAUUGCGGACUAGGCUCAGAUGGGACGGAUAGGCUAGUAACAUUGGUGCAGCAAAUGCAGCAUCAUGAAUCAUCUAAAGGUGAAAAUGGGACAUUGUUUGGUGCAAAAAUUACUGGUGGAGGCUCUGGCGGAUCAGUUUGUGUUGUGGGAAGGAACUGUAUUCGAAGCAGUCAAGAGAUCAUAGAGAUUCAGCAGAGAUACAAAGCUGCCACCGGUUAUUUGCCGUUUAUCUUCGAUGGCUCAUCACCAGGCGCUGGAAUGUUUGGUUACUUGAAAAUCCGCCGGCGGUUCACAUCAAGCAGCCCAAAACCUCAGAAUUAAGUUGGGGAAGGAGCAGUAUAUAUAUAUUAAUGAAGCUAAUGGAGAUUUUUAGUUUUCAGUUUUUCAGAUGAUACAGAUAGAGAAUAAUCGAAGUCCCAAUUGGAGGUAGGGUUUUUUUUUUUUUUUCUUUUUCUAAUUUAUAACCCUAAUGGGUGACAUUUUUAGAAGCAUAUGUUCCGAAUGCUUUUGUACAGUUGAAACUUGAGAAAUAUACAAUUCAUACUUGCAUUCGUAUA